CUUAAUUUAUUUAAUUAAUUCAUCAUGUCUGAUUUUACUGGUAAAUAUAAACUACAAUCGGCCACCAAUACCGAGGCAUUUUUGAAGGAGCUUGGCUUGCCCGACGAGUUUGUCGCUAAGGCCAAGGAUGUUAAGCCGGAACUGGAGAUUAGCCUAACCGGUGACGAGUAUACCAUCAAAACUGUGACACCUAACCGAACCCAUGAAAUCAAGUUCAAAUUGGGCGAAGAGUUUGAUGACCAGUUGCCCGACGGACGCAAGUUUAAGACUACAGUGACCAUCGAGGGUAACAAGUUGACCCAGGUCAAUCGUGGCGAUACCAAAACGGUUACAUUUGUACGGGAGCUCAAUGGCGAUGAACUCAAUGUUACCGGAACGGUAGGUUCGGUUACCACUGUUGGUGUCUAUGCCAGACAAUAGACAACCAUUUUUUUGGGAUAUAUACACAUAGUAUAUACCUAUAUACUAUAUAUAUAUACUAAAUAUAUAUAUAGCGGUAUAUACAGUAUAUAUUAAUCAAUAAUAAUAUUAUUUGAAAAUAAAACCAUAAUAUAAAAACACAAUUUUGAUUUGAAAUAAUUUAAUUAAAA